GGGCCCGGCCCCGGCCCCGCCGCGCUGAGGGCCCCUCCCGGCGGGCUCCGGAGCGGCGGGGAGGGGCCGCAGCCGGACAUGAGCGGGGCGGCCGAGGCGCGGGAGCUGGAGGAGCGGCUGCGAGAGGCGGCGGCCCUGGGGGACGUGGCGGAGGUGCGGCGGCUGCUGGGCGCGGGGGCGGACAUCGACUCCCGCAACGAGAUCAAUGGCUGGACGUGCCUGCACUGGGCCUGCAAGCGGAACCAUGCCCAGGUGGUGUCCUGCCUGCUGGAGGCUGGCGCAGACAAGCAGAUCCUCACUGCUAAGGGAGAGCUGCCGGCACAGCUAACAUCGAGACCAGACAUCCGCAAGAUUUUGGGAGAGGAACAAACUGAAUGUCAAGAAGUGAAGGAUUUAAAUUUAUCCAUUGUUGCAAACUACUUGGCCAACCCAUUCCCUAACAUUUACACAGAAGAAAGCAAUCCAGGCAGCUUGGCAGAAUCCCAGAAUGAAAGUGCUCCCAUCUCUUCUGCUUCCCAGAGUGAAACUAGCCCUUGUCCAUCAGCAGCUCAGGCUGAAAGCAUCUGCACACCCACAUCGUGCAGCAGUGGCGAGACCUUCCCAGCAGCGGGUGCAGCAGCCAGGCCACCCCCAGCGCCCACCGUGGCUGCAGCCUCAGCGUGUGCCAGCCCAGGGCUGCCCUACGGCCCUGGCUGCCCCCUGGCCACGGCCAUGGGGCUCUGCUCCCCAGGAGCACCCGGCCAGGCCUUGCCUCUGCAGCCUGACACCUCCCCCAGCAGCCCUGCACCCGCCUUCCAGCCCUUCUUCUUCACUGGAACAUUCCCGUACAACGUGCAAGAACUUGUACUCAAGGUCAGAGUCCAGAACCUGAGAGACAAUGACUUCAUUGAGAUUGAACUGGACAGACAAGAACUGACCUAUCAAGAUCUGCUCAGAGUGAGCUGCUGUGAACUGGGCGUUAAUCCAGAGCAAGUAGAGAAGAUCAGAAAACUACCCAAUACACUUCUAAGAAAGGACAAGGAUGUUGCCAGACUCCAGGACUUCCAAGAGCUGGAGCUGGUCCUUAUGAGAAGUGACAGCUCUCCCUUCUGGAACGCUGCAGCUGCACUGAUGGAGCAGCCAUGCUACAAGAGCAGAGCAUCCAAACUGACCUACUGACCCUGGGAGCUGCACCUGCAAUGUGAACACUGACAGUGACAUCUGCUGCCCUUUGUGUGUAAAACCUUAAGUUAUUACUAGGGUUACUAUUUUAACUAAUAUUUUAUAUUUAAUAUCCUGUUUGCUUUUAUUUUUUUUUACUUGAUACUGUAUUCAGGCAAGGGAUACCUGAUUUGUCCAGUAAAAUCACAUUUCCAGUGUAUCUCAAGGAAGUUUAUUGGUUGUAUCUGGCAGUGGGGGGGACAAAAGAGGCAAUUAUUGAUACGAAAACUUUGUUAAGCCACAGCAUUGCUGAAGUAAAAACAGCCUGAAGCUUUUCCUGAUUAACAUGGCAGCCUGGAAAGUUACACUUUUGAAGACCCGUUUUCUUUUUUACCAAAAAAUACAAUGCUGACCUUUGCAGCAGAACCCUUAAAUGGGUCCUGAGGUGGGUGGAGGGGUAAGGGAUUUGCUUUUUCUCCCCUCUGUUCCCCCCUCCCCAAAUUACUGAUUUUCCUUCCAUCUCUGCUUUAUGAAGCUGCACUAGGCAGUUUCUGCACAGCUGAUGGACACAGUGUUUGUUGUUGAUCUGGACUGCAAUGUUGACAGUCAAACUAUAAAUAGGACAGCACCAUGUUCUGGUAGAAGCAGUAUGGCUGCCACUCUCCCUGUGUGCUGCUUUACCCUGGAAGAUUCCCUCAAGCUGCUGCACACCAAGAAAAGACAGAAACCUCUUCUGUCAGCAGAGGAGAUACCUCACUCUGGUAUUUCACCAAGUUACUUAGGCUUAAAAUUCUUCCUUACUUCAGUCAAAAUAAUUAUCAUCCUUUCCUCCAUGUUCCACACCCAUCACCUCAACCCUGCUAACUUCCCAUUCUCAAUCCUGGCUUUUCUCCAGCCAGGAGCUGAGCUACUUUAAUGCCAGAUUGAACUCCUGGGAAGCUCAAGACUGUGGCACAGUAUGAAGUAAAACUUCUUAACUAAGGCUCCUGCUUUUUCUUGUAAGACAGGAAAGAAAGUUCUACUUUAACAAUUGUGUUACUUAUCUCUCCAGUAUAGCUUGGGGGCUAGCUCAGACUAUGUGCAAUAACUGUCUGAAAAACAGUAGUGGUUAAAUGGCUCAAAAUUAGUAAGAGUAUCUAAUUUGUUUCCAGUUCCUUUAUUUAGGAAGUCAGUGUAAGGACUGUCUCCACUAAUUACUGAGCAUUCUACUAAAGGGCAGCUGUUUUAAAAGCUUUAUUUCUCUAUUUUCCACUGGAGAGUAACAGUUAAUGUGAUAAGACUUAAACUCUACUUGUAAUCUGACUAUAAUAACAGUGUAUCUAUGCAUUCAAAGAAGUAUUUUUGUAUGUUUUAUUCAGUUUAAUAAACUCUAAGGCACACUAGUCAUGUUAGCUGUUUUUUGCUGGGCUUUUUCUUUGAACAAGGAACUGUUGGAAUGUCAACUGAGAUUAAGUUUACAAAACUUACUGGUCUUCCAAGGACGCCUUUUGUUUGCACUACAAACUUGUACUGAACUGACAUUGCUACUCUUAACUUUAUAAUAAAGGAUCAGUCAUUUCAAGUUA